CGUAGAUGUGGAAGAGUGCUCCGAUUCGGAGGAAGCGUCCCGGUCCGGUCAGGAUCGGCGGGCCAGCUCGAGGGCGACGGCCACGCCCAACAGUGUGUCGGACGAGGAGCGGCUCACACCGGAACCGGCUUCGAAACGACCAACGAUCGUCGGGUCGUGCAACUCGGACGAUCUGCGGCCGGUUCAGUGCCAUCUGGAAACCAAGGAGCUGUGGGACAAGUUCAACGAGCUGGGCACCGAGAUGAUCAUCACCAAAACGGGACGACGCAUGUUCCCCACCGUCCGGGUGUCGUUCUCCGGGCCCCUCCGGCAGGUGACCCCUGCCGACCGGUACGUGGUCCUGCUAGACGUGGUCCCCGUCGACAACCGGCGCUACCGUUACGCGUACCACCGAUCGGCUUGGCUAGUGGCCGGUAAGGCCGAUCCUCCUCCGCCACCGCGGCUGUACGCCCACCCGGACACCCCCAUCGGUGCGGAUGCCCUCCGCAAACAGGUUAUCUCCUUCGAGAAAGUCAAACUCACCAACAACGAGAUGGACAAGAACGGCCAGAUUCAUUCACCAAGAUCUGCACAGAGAGGCGCACUGAUCGUGUUGAAUUCGAUGCACCGCUACCAACCGCGCAUUCAUCUGGUGCGGCUCGGUCCAGGCCAAAACAUUCCCAGCUCGCCAAAGGAACUGCAGGAAGUCGACCACAAGACGUACGUCUUUCCGGAGACGAUUUUCACGGCCGUCACGGCCUACCAGAACCAGCUCAUCACCAAGCUCAAAAUCGAUUCGAACCCGUUUGCCAAAGGAUUCCGAGACUCGUCCCGGCUGACCGAUUUCGAUAGUUUCCCGGGAAUGGAUCCCAUGGAUGCACUAUUGCUCGAGCAACACCUCCGCUCACCGCUGCGGCUCUUCCCGGACCCGUUGAUGGCGCAGUUUGGGGCCACUCCUGAUCCGGACGGCGCUCAAGCCGCCUUGCUGGAAAAAGCCCGUCAGCACCUGCAGAUGUGGGGACGUGCUGCCCCCUACGGAGACCUCCUGAUACCGCAAAUGUACCAGCGACCGAACCUUGGAGCGCUAAACCUCGGGCAUCUCUGGCAAAGCCAGUGGCCUCAACAAUUCCCACCGGGCUUCCUUCCAAACGCUGCCGCCGCAGCUGCAGCAGCAGCCGCUGCCGCUCCUCCUCCUCCUCCGCCCAGGACUACACCACCUCCGCCGGCUCAGACCAUGACCAGUCCGGCCAGCUCGGCCGGAUCACCCUCACCAGACCUGCGAGCCAAACACUUCACCCGCUUCAGCCCUUACCAGAUCCCGCAAGCUCACCACCACCAGCCGCAAGGCAUGCCUCCGUCUGCCUCAUUACCGCAUCAAUCGCCCUCUCCGAGGAGUCCUUCAAACUAAAAUGCAGAGGCCAAGAACCCAAAGUCAGGGUGUUGU